UAUUGUCGAAAAGUCGAUCCACUUGAAUAACAAGUAUCUCAAUAAUUAUGCGAUUUGAAAAAAAAUGUAAAGUUUAAAACAAUGGAUGGAUUAAUACAGGCUGUAGUGUACGAUACGGCAUCUCCAGCGAAUAUUUAUUCUGCGACGGUAAUGCAUAUGGUCGAUGGUAGUCAAAAGAUCCUAAUGAUUUCAUCGAAGAAAAACAUUAUCACACUAGAGUCGAAAACAAUUAACGAUGAAGUCAAAACUUAUCCUGUAGAACUUAAUUUUUCAAAUAUUUCCAGCAAUGCAGAAAUCUUUUCAAUUCACUGUAUUAACAGAUACAAGGAGUUUGAUGAUUUUGUUAUUGGAAUUACUUAUGGAACUAUUAUAGAUGAACUAAAUUCUGAAACAUAUUUAAACAUUUAUUCUGGUUUUCCUGGAUCGUCAUUAGAAGCAAUAAUGGAAAAUUGUGAAACACUUAUGUUGGAUUUUUUUCCAUUCAAAUUAAACCAUGCUAUUUAUGUAUGUGAAACUCAUAAAAAGGGUAUGUGGUUAUUAUCAGGAAGCGAUAAAAAAAUUCAUGCUUAUAAAAGUGAUGAACAAAAAAUAACAGAACAAGAAAUAGAAAAACAUUUUAUUGAAUAUGAAGAUACAAAAGAUUCUAUUGUUUUGUGUUUUGACACUAAAUCAUUUAGUAAUUAUAAAAAAAGAAUAUCAUUUUAUGGAUGUGAAACAGGGUAUUCAAUGGUUGCAGUAGUAGACUCAGAAAAAAAUGAGAUACUUCAUUAUUUUGCUGAACAUUAUCAGUCACCAGUAACCAUCAUGGAAUUGUUUAAUAUACAUAAUAAAACAGCCAAAACUAAACAUAUUCUUUCAGUCAAAGAAAAUUUCAUACCAGAUUGUAACACUAUAAAUGAAAAAGAAGAAAUUUGCUUGCUUGUAGGAAGUGCAGUUGAAAGUGCUGUUGUAUACAUGAAUGUAUUGAAAAACAAUUUAAAAAAUGCAAUAACGUUGACUAAUAGUAAUAGACAUCAAGCAAUUAUAUGUGCUUUAAUCACAGAUGUAAAUUUUGAUUCUAAGAACGAAAUACUAAUUGGGACUUAUGGAAAUUAUAUUUUAAACUAUGUUUACAAGAAUAAUACAUGGGUUGAACAACAACAGUAUGACAUCAGACAUUCAGUAUACACAAUCUGUUAUUUAGAUACAACUGACGAAGGAGUAAAAGAUAUUGUUGUAAUGAGCGAAAGAGGAAUACAUAUUUUAAAACAUGAACCAAAGGAUAUUGUAGAAAUACUAAGAUCCCGUUUGAACAUAUUAAAAGUAAAAGAAAACUAAAGGAAGCAUUUGUCAUUAUUUUAGUGAAAAAAAAAAAUUUAUAAUUCUAAUUUUAUGUAUAUU